AUGGAGAAAGCGGGCGUCUCCAAUGUGAUGAAGGUCGUGGGCGGGAAUCGAAUUACAGAUGGGCUUGUUGUCACUCCUUCGGUCAAAGAGAGCUUGGUUACCCGUACGCAGCGAGUUCAUGCAGCAUAUACCUGGGCAUUCGGAAAUAGCCCUGUCGACCUGCCGAUAAUUAUUGCUGCUCACAAGACCAUCAUUGUGGUUGGCGAGCAGCAAAACCGGAGCAAGAGCAUGGGGCACAAUUUGUUGACUGCAAUGGUGAAUGAUGGGUUGCAAGCUCGCCAGGCUUUGCUGCCAAAUAAUUUGUCGCCGCCGCGGCUGGACAUUGUGAGGCUGUCAGUUGUCAAUCUCACAGAGAAGUCAUUUCUGGAUUUAAUCUUCCAACCCCACAAGUCCUCUGGUGGCCUACGACUGUACCAUCAUAUAACCAAGUAUAUUGAUAUCCGCUCUCACCAUAUCUAG